GGAAAUAGAAAACGGACUCCCAAGGUAUUGCCUGCUGUACUUUUCUGCAUUUCCUCUGACCUCACUGUUUUGGAACGCAUACAAUGGGUGGAGGGGUGUGUGUGUGUGUGUGUGUGUGUGUGUGUGUGUGUCUGAUGAAAUGGACUGUAAUCCAUACCUUCAGAAUUUUUUGCAAUGUUCAUAUCCCACCUUUUCCUCCAAGAUGGUGUACGCAGCUCUCACCUCCCCAGUUUUCUUCUCACGGCAGCCCUGUGAGGUUGCUACGGCUGAGAGACGGUGACUGUCCCCAGGUUAUCCAGUGAGUGCUGUGGCUUAGCGGGGCUUUGAACCCUGGUCUCCCACCUCCUAGUCCGACAAUCAAACUACUACAUCAUACACCGCACAGAUGCUUCUGCCAUAAUAAAUCUUCUUGUUUUUGCUUCAUGAGACAAGCGUGGCUCAUGUUUGCUACAACAGAAAGAGAUGCCGUUGAAGGAGUCAGAGGUGAGAAUCAGUGCCAGGCUUGCAUACUGCCUCCUCUUGCCAAUCUGAUCUCCAUUGCCAUGGGCAGCAGCUGCGAAUUUCCCCUGCUCUCCCUCCUUCCUUCCUUGGCUCCGGACCCCAACAUCUGGAGACACUUUCUGGCGGAGGAAACCUGCCUUCUCUGUCCCAGCUGUGGGUGCUGGGCACACAUAUGGUUAACGGCAGCUGUGCUCCCAUCUGAGGGAGGAGGGCUGGCGGCGUACAGCGUCUGCCCCUUUCUUUCCCUCUUUCUCUCUCUCUCUCGGUUUUCCACAGAGCGUCUUGCUGCCGGGAGCCUGAGAUCUGAAGGCUAGACACAGGGCUGCCAGGCUCUCCUCCUUUCUGCCCCACUAGCAAGGGGUGGCGGAAGCAUUUACUUGGAGGGGGAUGCUGUAGAAGACCAGAGGCAAAGGCAAGCAGUGGCUCUGGCAGCAGCCAGUCAUCCUGCCCCAAAGGUAGGUAGGUGCCCAUCAGCUGGGCAGCCCUCCAGGGCCAGGUACUUCGAAAUGUGUGUGCAACAGAGCUCAGAUCUACCUGUGCAGGCUUGGCUAGGGCGAGUGGCUGGGCUUCCUGGGAUCUUGCACAAGGGCCUUUUCCUUCUGAAGGCCUCAGGCUGCUGAUACCUCCGUUGCUUUUUGGGUAUGCGCCUGUGAGUGUGUGCAGCAGAAUCUGCCCCGUGUUGGUCCCUCCCAUUACAGUAGAUGGGACAUAGUUUUUGGCCCCUUACCCUGUGGCUACCCAGCCCAGCUUGGCACUGCUCUAGGCAACAUCCUGCACACCUCUAGAUGUUAAAUGGACAGAGCCCAUUGGCGCUGCAGGCAAGCCUCUGCCUCCCUGGGCAAGUGUUGCCUUGGGACAAGCAGCACCGGGGAGCUCUGUGAUGCAUCCUCACCCUGGUCUAAGGAAGGGGAAGGCUGAUUCUUGCAUCGGCUGCUGUGCCUCCUGGCACACUUGCCAACUUGCAGCUUUUGAGUAACUCAGGAUUACAAGGCUUGGCUGCGGAUGGUCACGGGCCACUUUGUGGGCCCCUUCCAGGAGCGCCUCUCUAUUUCCAAGAGGGUUAUGGUUUGGGACCUCUGAGGGGAGCCCAGAUGUUUUGGGGUCCCCCUCUGCUCUCCACGCACACCCUGCUACCCUCUUUGUGUUUGCCUGACUGGAAUGGGACUCUUGAGGGUUUGGUGGUCUCUUUAAUGCUGACGGAGAUUUUUCCAGGACGUGACGGCUUUGCAUUCCCAAGUGUUACCGGCUGCUGUAUCAGGCCCUUGAGAGAUGGAGAGUGGCCAGAGCGAACCGGAAAAAACAAACGCACUGCCGGAGCACACAUCCCUGUAUGCGCCUCUGCUCCUGUCUUCCUCCUUGCAAGCCUGUGUUUGUGCAACAAUGUGUGUGCCCUGCCGCUGUCUCUGGCUUAUAACGCUUGUCCUCGAAGAGAUAUGAACCUCUUGCGGGCAUACUAUCUAGCUCCCUUUGUUGUGGGUUUCGCCUUGCGGGGCUAGAGACAGUUAGACUAAACAUUCAGUUUUUAAGCCACCAGGAAGGAUCCUGUUGUUACAUAAUGUCUGCCAACUCUUCAGGCUUUACACAUAACAAACAGGUGAGGAUGACCUAUUUUACCUAAGGCUCCUGGUUCUCCACAUCCCAAUAGCACGUUGCUUUUAAAAACAACAAUUCAAAUGGGAUCAAAACCUCACUAAAUAUUAAAUCUGGACAUGUUAGAAAUAUCCCAUACCAGCUGAAGUCUAAUCAUCCACAGACUACCCGCUCAAGGUUAUGCAACAGCACUUCCCCAAAUGGUUGCGUUCAGACUUCACUGAGGCUGUGCAGAGAUUAGGGGCUUGAAACACAGCAAGGUUGUUUCAAGUCACAUUCUUACAUUGCUGUACAGACCAGAGAGGGGGCAGAGAUGUCUUCACCUGAUGCCCAUUACCUGGAAUUGUUUCAUCAUCUCAAACCCCAAUUUGCUUAAGCUGCUGUCUGCGCAUGUGCAGUGGCUGCCUGAAAUGUCACCACAGCUUCCCUUUUUCUAAUUGGAUGGCAGCUGGCUUGAGGGAAAAUGCAUCAAACAGAAGUAUUUCUCAAGAAACUACAGCAUACCUAUGGAAACUGUCAUGCCAAGUUUGGUGACAGUAUCUCGAGAGGCGGCCAAACCUAUACCGAAAAAAUGGGCAAAGUCAUGCCAAGGUGAUGGCAUGCCAUCUUGGACUGCCAUCUUGAUUAAAAAUGGUGUCCGGCAUCAAAACACUGAUGAAGACUGCUGCUCCACCUUGGGAACCCCCAUGCCAGGUUUGGCGACGGUAUCUCAAAAGGCAUCCAGAUGCAUAGAGAACAAACAAAUGGACAAACCAUUUUCUAAACUAUAUAAUAGAUUCAUGAUCAUUCAUACUCAUGAUGAUACUCCAUGUUUAAGGAUGCAUGUGAACUCAGUGUAGUUGAAAUUGUCCUUUUUGUCAAUUGGUGCCUCUCUGAAGAGCUCAUCUACUUCUUCAUCUGUAAACCUGUCUCCCGUUGUCAGCAAUUCUCUCAGGUCAUCUUCUUGAAUGAAACCUGUUGCUUCUUCAUCAUCAAAGCAAGCAAAGGCAUUCCUAAUUGCAUCUUCUGGAUCAGUGCCAUUUAAUGUCUCUCAAAACAUUGUGAAGUUUAUUGGUCCCGGAGCCUCAUUCUUCAUAGCAUCUAGGUAUUCAUCAGCUGGAUUCUUCCCAAGUGAAACGAGCAUAUCAUGCGGUCUUCUUUUUCAGUGAAACCAUCUCUGUUUUGAUCAAUCAGGUUGAAUGCCUCUUUGAAUUCUUGAAUCUGUGACUGAUCAAACAUAGCAAACACAUUGGAAGUGGCAUGCUGAGGGCGCUUCUUUGUGGCCUUAUUCUUUGCCCUUUUGAUUGACAUGUUGGCUGUUGGAUUCUGAGUGGCGAUGGAAGCGGUUAUGGGAGAAACUCCACAAGAGUCAGUUUUGAAGCCUAAAACUUAAACUAGCAUGGCUUCUCUCUGCAAGGAAUCUGAGAAUGAUAGUUCUGUGCAGGCACUAGGUUUUCAGCAUCUUCAGAAAACUACAAUUCCCAGAAAUCCCUGGAGGAAGACAAGUGUCUCAAAUUAGCAUUUAUCUCUAAUGCAGAUGCACUUCUGAAUGCAGCAUAAAGUUAACUACAAGUGUGUUCCUUUCCUUGCACAGUCUGGGAAUGCCUGCACAUCCAUUUACAUUAUGGUUGCAGUUCAGCUGGAAUACAUGUGAGCUUUGGGUGUGUAAUGUGGCCUGCAUGACCCCUACCUGCACAUGGGCUGUGUAACUGUUUCCUUUGGUCCAUGUGCUCUCUUGUUCUGCCCUGCAAAAGACACACAGCUGCUUUCGUGAGAAUCUUCUGGUUCUGAAUUUGGGCCUGGCUGUGUAGCUCAUCCUUGGAUAAUAUUCCCAGAGGAUCUUUGACCGCGGAUCUUAGGAGACUUGCCCAGUUUUGCUUGGCACUGCACUGCCUUGCCUUAUUAGAGGACCAGGGUGGGGCAGGCUUCCAAACUAUGCACAAGCACAUGUGUUUGUAUACUCAGUUGCACUCUGCCAUGGGAUCACAGACUUGUCCCAGGAAGGAAACAUUGGCCAUUGAUUAUUGUUCUUGUUGUUGUUUUUAAAAUACAACUUUUGGGCCCAAAGGCUGCCAAAGCGAUUAACAGCUUGUUAGAACAACAAAACAUACAAACCUAUGUACCGUAUUUUGGUGAAAAUGUGCAUGCUUGUUAAAGACCCAGUUUGGCAGCCCCCCAUGCACAUUUGUGUACACCCAUACCCACCCACCCACUGGCUUGGGACCUCAAUGGCUCUCCUCUGGAGGCUUCACCUGGGGCAAGAAACCCAGCUAGCUCCCCCUCCCGGUAGUUAUGGUACUGACAUGUCCACUUGGUGUGGACCAAGGAGAAUUUACUGCCAAUCAAUGGGCUCCACUUAGGUGAUAAAAUAGAUCUUGUGCCAUUAUACAAAUAAUUUCCUGCACAGGAAGGUCACUGUAUGUGAAAUGGGUGUAGGUAGUCAGGGUGUGUCUGAAGAAAGCAGUAAACUUGAAGAAGACUGGUACGUAUCUACAAUUCCAUGAUAUCUCUCCUUUUUGUUUGGAGACAAUUUAGUUGAACUUAGAUCCCAUUGACACAAAUGACAAAUCAAUGGGAAAUAUGUGCAACUAUGCAAAGUCCUCUUCGUGCGCACGAGCACACGAUGGGGCUUUUGAACACAAAUGGGCUAACUCAGCUCUAUAUGCUAAAGCACACAAUGACCAAACCCUAAGUCCUUUGGGGUGUACAUGCAUAGAUAGUGUUCUUUCCAUGGGGACAUGAACCCUGGCCAAAUAGAAUUUAUGCCCUUAUACAGGGAGCGCAAUGCGUGUGCACCCAUAGAUGCAUAGAACUCCUUUCAGACUGAUGGCGCUGGCUGUGGUAGUGCCACAUGUCAACCAUGCAUGCCAUUAUCUAGAGCAGCCUUUCUCAACCUGUGGGUCCCCAGAUGUUGUUGAAAUACAACUCCCAUCACUCCUAGCUAGCAAGGUCAGAGCUCAGGGAUGAUGGGAAUUGUAGUCCAACAACAUCUUGGGGACCCACAGGUUGAGAACUGCUAAUCUAGAGGGUGGGGUUAGUCCAUUUAUGCAUGAAUCCCUUUGCAUGCUUAUAAUACUGUGACUUCUGGAAUACCUGCUCCCUGCCUUGCAGGCUUUUUCCACCUGGCCUGGGAGGGUGGGACCAGGACUGACUCCAGCUACAAAAGCUGAGGCUGCUGAACAAGCUCUUAGGCUGGGGUGUUGUUUGCAUUUUUUGUUGAGAUGGUUGCUGAUGUUGGGGGGGUUUGUACCUUUAUUUUAGAUAUUGUGAUUUAUGUGGAAAAUUUUCCGUUUGGUUGUGUAUUUUUGAUGUCUUAUGUACUGUUUAUGACCACUUUUGUUAUGUUGCUGUUAUGCUUUUUUCAUGUUGUAAGUCACCUUGAGCCUUGUUUGAACUGUGGAAAGGCAGCAUACAAUAAAAUUAUGGAUGUAUGUAUGUACAACAGUGCAGUAGAGCCGAUUUACCACAUUUUGAAGUAAGCAAUGUAAUACACAUUGCCAUCUAAACUGGGUCUUCCCAUAAGACCUUGUGAAGCAAGGGAAAGAACAUGUAUUACCACCCAAAGCACACCCAACAAGUCCAGGGUUCAAAAUGACCAAAAUACCCUGCUGCUGCGAUCUCUGCCCGCCACACCCCCACUUUCACUUGUCUGACUCUCUCUUCUCCCACAGGGCCAAAAGCAAUGAAGAUAACACUGACACCAAGUGCCCUUUUGCUCAUCUGCCUGAUAAUCCAGGCAUAUUGCAAUGAGAAGGAUGCGGAGCAGAGGCCUGGAGCAGCAACACAGCCUCCGCCACCCCAGCAUCACACUUCCAGGUAGGUUGGGGCUUGCCAACAUGGUGCCUAUGUGCACAUGUGUGCCCACAAAGGACUUCUCUAAUGCCCACAGGGAGUCCUUCUUCCUUCCACUGAAAUUAGUCUUGAAAUCUGUAUUCGGUUGCAGCCAACAGAAUAGGUUGUAAUGUGUGUCGUCUUCUUCUUCUUCUUCUUUGGCGAUCAUUUGUAGCCAAGUAAGAUUGUCUUCCAUGGACACGGUUUUAACAGUGAGUCUGUAAGUGACUGUGGAGGCCAAUUCUAGAUCCACACGUCCUUCCACAGUGGUGACAUAGGUUUCCGACAAUGUGUAGGAUCAUGACAAUGAAAAUAGUAAAUAAGGUUGGGGUGAUAACACACUCCUGUUUAUCUGAUCCCACUGUGAAUGGUUCACUUUGAGAGCCACUGUUAUUGGCGACUGUUGCUGCCAUAUUAUCAUGGAGGAGCCGAAGGAUGUUCACAAAUUUAUCUGGGCAGCUGAUUUUCAGAAGGAAUGUGUGUAUGGUGUAGGGUGGCCAUGACAGUUUCUCCAGUUCACAAAUGUGCCCAUGGGCCCUAAAAGUUUGCAACCCUUAAGGAGGGUCAUGACAGUGAAACUAGCAAGCAGCAGGUAUCAGGGAAAGCAACAGCUUUGCCCUUGAGCUAUGGAAGAUGAUCCCUGCUGAGGCUCUCUCACAGGGGUUCUGAUGAGAGAGAUACAGUCUAGCUGGACAGUUGCUGAAAAUAGUUAUGGUUUCCGUUUAGAACUGCUGAGUGUUAAAGAAAUAACUUCAUGGUGUGUGUACUUCAAUGCCCAAUUAACUCCAUUAAUGUGCAUCUCCAGUACGCAGUUAAUACACAAUUAAGUCUAUCACUCUGCCCCACUUUGAAUGAAGCCAGAGGCUGCUGGGUGAUAAGGGCUCUGGAGGAGGUGUAAAUGACUGCAAAAGGGGCCUUAAUUGCUGUGUUGUGGCAUAAAAUUUAGAUUCUUUUAACCACUGAACAUUCCACCAUGAUUCUUUGUACUAUAAAGGGCCAUGUUUUCUAGGUCUCCUACAAAUUAGCACUGUUCCAAGGCUUCAACCAACCUUAAUCUGGCUUAGUCAUGGCUGGAAAGUAUAGAAGUGUUGUGAGCAUCCCUAUUUUUCUUUUUUGAUAGGGAUGGGGAGCGCUCCACACAGUGAGUUUUUGCUCCCUCUUCCAGUGAGUGGAAAUCCCAUCCAUCCUUCUCAGGUCUCCUGUGAACAGUAAUAUGCAUUCUUACCUGCCCUGCCACUGGAUAGACAGUUGAAGAUGCAUAGAGGCUGGGUGAGCCAGUGGUCCAUGGUUCCAAACUGGGUGGGAGAGCGCGUGUUGAGAUUCCUCUGUUGCAGGGGGUUGGACUAGAUGACCCUUGAGGUGCCUUCCAACACCACAAUUUGACAAGUCUACGAACCUCACCAGCUCUGAAACACUGGCUUUAUUCUGAAAGUAUAAUGUACUGUUGUUUUUAAAUUUGUGGUCCCCCUCCCCCCCAUUUGUUUGUUAAAUACAUGGUUUAAAAUAAAUAAAUAAAAUAAAUCCUGGCUUAAAAGCCUGUGAGCAAUGUUUGCAUACUCACGCCCUGUUUCCCUCCCUCCCACUCCCCUGCUGAGACUGCAAAUCAUCUCUCACCGUUUAGGAUUUCAGACAGAAGCCUCCUUAGGAAUUAUGGGGCCCCUUUUUAGAAGACAAGGGGGAAAGCACCACCGUGAAAGAGCUCUCCCAACCUAAACCCCUCUUCCCUCAUUGGUGCAGUGUAGUCACUGAGGCUAGAAAACUGUGUCAGCAGCAGCUAGUUCCCUGCAGCAAAAGCGGGGCUUUUGUCCAGUCUCUUGGCAGAUCUAGAUGCUGUUCCUGAAAGAAGCAAAAUUCCCGUAACGAUAAAAAUUUGGCACAAGCCAGGAACUAUGCCGCACAUCGUGAGAAAGUAAGGUACCGUACUGAUUUAAUGUGUGCAGUUGGACGGCAUGUUUGGCACAUGCAUAACUGAAUUGACUGGCAUCACCCCAGUGCUGAUGUGUGCAGGCUGAGUUCAAGUGACAGAGCACCUGCCACAAAUUUCCCAUGAUUUCUUAACCACUUUAUCUUAAAGGGUUAAGCUGCUCUUGAGCUCUCUUUCCUCAGUCUGGCCAGCCUAUUCUGUUUCCAAGUUUCCACCGCACCUCUACUGCAGGCUCCUGCUCAUCCACAUUUGACGCAGCUGGGGUGUGAACUGGGAGAAACUCAUCCGCAAGAUGGUGGAUUCUGUUCUGAAAUGAGGGUGGUGGUGGAAUGAUCCAGCUUUAAGGCCUGUAUUUGCCUUUUGAGGAGAUCUGGGUAAUGCUUUUAAAAAACGUGUCACUCUGGACAUGUGUGGAGUAAAUUUAUUCAGGUUUCCUUCCCAUUCCUUCAGAGACUCUUGAUCUCUAAAGGAGCUGAGUGGAUGUGUGUGUGUUUGGCUAAACCUACUGCAUAUGAACGUAGACCACCCCUUCCAUCUCCAUAUAACUGCCUAUCCAGAUAGCCAACAUUUGCUGAAUAUAUUUGGGUUGCAACUACUUUCACACAGUGGUUUUUUGUUUUUGUUUUUUAAUGUAAGGAAAGGGACCCCUGACCAUUAGGUCCAGUUGUGACCGACUCUGGGGUUGUGGCACUCAUCUCGCUUUAUUGGCUGAGGGAGUCGGCGUACAGCUUCCGGGUCAUGUGGCCAGCAUGACUAAGCCGCUUCUGGUGAACCAGAGCAGCGCACAUAAACGCCGUUUACCAUCCCACCGCAGCAGUACCUAUUUAUCUACUUGCACUUUGACGUACUUUUGAACUGCUAGGUUGGCAGAAGCAGGGACCGAGCAACGGGAGCUCACCCCGUCGCGGGGAUUCAAACCGCUGACGUUCUGAUUGGCAAGUCCUAGGCUCUGUGGUUUAACCCACAGCUCCACCCGCGUCCCAAUGGAAGGAAGCUUAUGGUCAAUUUACAAUACACACCCUGCUUCUGAAGUCAGUGCCGGAUACAACGUGGCAUGAGAAGAAGCGUGUUUCAAGCACCCCAGUUUUCUCCCAUGAAAUGUUUUGAGCGUAUGCUGUUGCUUCUUUCCCUUUCUGUGUUCCCAGAUCUGGACUCCUCAAUCAGGCACCAUUGCUAACUCCGUUACAGGGGCAAACCCAGCCUAGUUGGCCAUUGUUGUUAGGCAACCAUAUGGCAUCCUUGCCCAGAUUAUCCUGGAAACGGUUAGCGUUGGAAGAGUGUGUCAGCACUACAAGCCAAUUCCUUCCUGGGGCAAAAGGAGAGGCCACCCAGGGUAGAGCUGGAAUUGAGAUUGAGGUAGUGGCAGACAGUGGGAAAAGGAAAGCAUGGUGGCUUUCAGCUCCUAUUGCAAAUUUGGGACAUAUGUCCCCGUCAACCCGAGUGAAAAACCUAGUCCUGAACAAGGAGCCUGGGAGAGUGGAGCAACUGAGGAGAAACUAGUUUAUUUAGGGGCUGCAAUAAACAUGUCCCAUCUCAGUGACCCGGCUCUCAGUAAUUCACAUCAGCAACAUUUACUCUUUCUUCCAUGUAUUUUUAGUGAUGCUAUGACAUUAAGGGAAAAGAUAGUGCUGCGGUCACAAAACAAGGGCCUUUUCCUGAGAUCUCUCCCAAGGGAAUUACCAUGUUCCCUUUCCCCCUUUUCCCUGGCCUUGUGACUUAGCUUGCCUGUGCUGUUUCUGCCUCCCAGGCCCGAGAAUCACCAUGAGAAAUACAGCAAGCGGCCCAGAGGGGCAGAGUGUGUGCGAUGCUGCGAUCCUCCAGAGCGCGUUUCAGCAUACCCCAUGUACCAGCCCAUGCCUCAGAUCAACGUUACCAUCCUGAAAGGUAAGGGACACCAACUCUACCCCAGGAUGCUGUAUUCAGAUGCCAAGCCUUUGCUCGGUAGCAUCCCACGCAUUAGGAGACAGUCAAUGGUCCUCUUCGGGCGUUCAGAAAUCACAAGGCACAAACUGGGGAUCUGGUCUGAAGAGGCUUCUAAGUAAACUUGUCUGAAUGUGCUUUGAAGCCCCAGAGCUUCCAAUCAAGGGGAGCUUUCUAAGCGCAUCUGGCCAAAUGCACUUAGAUGUUUCCUCCAGACCUUCCAGCUCAGGGUAGGAAUGGGCACACCCCAUAAGCCCAAGGACAGAUGUUCCCAUCCUCUUCCUCAGUUUGGGUCUUGGUGUGUCCGAACAUAGCCAUAGUGUCUCCUGCCAGUUCCUUCCUGGGUCCCAUUCCUAUUACUGCAGAUGCGGGAGACAGCCGGGAGAGGAACAGGCAGAGGAAGCUGCAGCUGCCAUGUUGCCUGAUGCAACACAGAACUUCAAGGCACAUGGUGGAUCUACAGCCUGUGCCCUGGCAACCAUCUGUUCCACGUAGGGGCAGGAUCACAGCAUUCUCCAUUGGCCUCUUAUCUGGCCUGUUCUCAGAAAUGCCCUCUGGCCUAAGCAAAACUGUAUGCAUGGAGCAGGCAGUUUAGAGCUGCCGUGGAGUGGAGUUCCAAAAGCUGCAGCGAGUUUGAUUUUUCAGUGUCCUCAGACUCUGGAUAUAAGGGGUGGGGCAGUUGCCUUUGGAUGAAAUGCUGAGUUCUUCAGAUUCCAGAGGGGCUGGUUGGGAAGAAACUCUAUAAGCUAAAUAAAUUUCCUGGUCUGGAGGAGCUGUUAUCAUAAUUUUAUCCAAGCUCUUUUCUUACAGAGGCCAAGUGAAACCACCAAAUUAGUCUUGAGUCAAGCCCAGGACUCCAGAGGUUGCGUUAGGACAUGGCCUGAUUUCCCGGGAAGAAUGUGAAAGAUGGAGAAAUUGUGUCAUCAGAGGCGGCCUCUCUGUUGCUGAACCUCUACCCUCCCAAUACAUUGUAGACAUGGCUGUAGCUGAGUGCGUGUGUAUGUAACAUGCAUAUUUGACAAUAUUUAAGACCCAGAGGAGGUAGAUUUAUGUUUUUACCCACAGCUAAGGUUCCGAUUCCUUAAUUAACUUAAUUUUUUAAAAAAAAAAUUAUUGAUUCAUAAUUAAAUCAAUAGAAUUAAUUAAGACAUUUCAAUAUUUCAUUUCACUCCAAUUACAUUCUUGUCUCAUACUUUUUGCAAAGGAGAAACCUCCGAUUUUGCCUGCAGAUAUGCUUCUGGUAAAAUUAAAAUCCAUUUAAUACAGAAGAACAUUUGCCAAGCGAUAAGUUUUCGAGAUGGGCAGACACCAAUCUAGUGCCUACCCUGGCAGCAAGGAGACUUUUACCACACAUUUGGACCCACUCUGAAAACUGGGGAACUGAGGGCAUCAUUUGUGGUAAUAUUCUUACCACAAGGGUGGACAUGAUAUACUACUGCAUAAACACAAUCCAUUUAGAGCAUUUAGACUAGAUGACCCUUGGGUCUUUUCCAACUUUACAUUUCUAUGAUUCUAUGCUCUCCCCCUCAAAGAAUCAUGGAAACCAUAGUUUGUUACAGGUGUUGGGAAUUGUAGCUCUUUGAGGAGAACUACAGUUCCCUGGCUUCUUGGGUGGAGAGAGUGUAAUGGGCUUUAAAUGUGCGAUGAUGAUGUGUACGCAGCCAACAAGUGAUCUGUUUUGACUGGACCAUUCCCCUUCUGGAUUUCUCUCCCAAGCAUGGGUGGAAUGAUCAUUCUAUUUACCGUAUUUUUACAUUAUAUAAAAAUGCAUAAGUUGCUCCCUGGCCUGCCCAUUGGAUUGAAUGUGGAGGCUAAGGUUGCCUAAGUUGAAAUGAUGCUCAUCUAUGAUCUCUUCACUACUCAGGUGAGAAAGGGGACCGUGGUGAACGUGGCCCCCAAGGGAAGCUGGGCAAGGCUGGUUCUACGGGAAGCAGGGGCCAGGCAGGCCUCAAGGGGCAGAAGGGGAACAUAGGGGCCCCAGGGGAGCGGGCCAAGACCAACUAUGCUGCCUUUUCAGUGGGCCGAAGAAAACCCUUGCACAGCAACGACUACUACCAGACUCUUGUCUUUGACACCGAGUACGUGAACCUCUAUGGACACUUCAACAUGUUCAUGGGCAAGUUCUACUGCUAUGUGCCCGGCAUCUACUUCUUCAGUCUCAAUGUGCACACCUGGAACCAGAAGGAAACCUACCUGCACAUAAUGCACAAUGGGGCUGAGGCGGCCAUCUUGUACGCCCAGGCCAGCGAUCGAAGCAUCAUGCAGAGCCAGAGCCUCAUGCUGGAGCUGCAGGACCAGGAUGAAAUCUGGGUGAGGCUCUUCAAGGGUGAGCGCGACAAUGCCGUCUUCAGCGAUGAAUACGAUACAUACGUUAUUUUCAGCGGGUACUUAAUCAAACCCAACUCUGAUCCUUGAAUCUGCUGACAGAUGGACAAAAUACAGCCAAUAACGUCACCUGGCUCUAACCUUGUAGUGUUUCCCUACUUGCUGAUUUCUAACCCUACUUAUCUGCCAUAACCCAGCCUUGACCUCAGAUAUGACCUUUAUCCUCAUCAAACAAUCACCCCACUUUCCUUGGACAAGGUUUUUCCCCUGCUUCAACCCUCUGGUCCUUCUCUCUUCCCUCUGCCCCCAAGUCUUAAGCCUUAAGUUGGCGUCAAUUUUCCCAGUCAGAUUGUCACACUAAUCUAACUUCUGCUCUUAUGGGACUGACUACCCAUGUACAAUCAUUCCCUCUGCUCUAAGACUGGGACUCACACCCUCCUAAAUAACAAUGACACUUCUUCUAUACAAGUGUCCUUAGACUGAUUUUCUUAUUUUAUUCUUGCUUUGCCAUUCUCAGAAUUCACAUGUCCUGCUAGAAUCCUCCCUUGCCCCUCCACGAAAUAUUUAAAUCAUGAUUGCACAAUUUCUGUUCACGCUGACCUCAAGGCUUGGUCCUUUCUGUACUGUGUUCAUUAUCAAGAGGAAUUAAAAUUUUAAAAAGAAAGAAGGGGAAACAAACAGCAGUAAUAUGCAGAUAAUACGAAUAAUACCAGUAGAACACAGUUCCCAUUUGUAGAUACAGUGACUAUCAGAAGAGGAAUGUUAAACAUAUAAGAUGCCAGAAGCCUUCCAGAUGCCCAAGGAGGUAUCCACAUUGAAUUGGUGCUUAUAUGAAAUAACCAGGGCAGUGAAGACCUCAGACCACUGUGCAAUAGACAGCAUGUAUUUAUCCUUCCGGACUUGAAACGAAACCCACUUUUGUUGUCUGGUUCAGUCAUUCUUAGGAAGAUAGGAAUCUCUCUUAUGUGAAGAAGUGGACACGGAGCAAUGGAUCCAAACUACAAGAAAGAAGAUUUCACCUAAACAUUAGGAAGAACUUCCUGACAGUAAGAGCUGUUCGACAGUGGAAUUUGCUGCCAAGGAGUGUGGUAGAGUCUCCUUCUUUGGAGGUCUUUAAGCAGAGGCUUGACAACCAUAUGUCAGGAGUGCUCUGAUGGUGUUUCCUGCUUGGCAGGGGGUUGAACUCGAUGGCCCUUGUAGUCUCUUCCAACUCUAUGAUUCUAUGAUUCUAUGAAGUCAGACAACUGGUCCGUCUAGUUCAUUGCUACCUACACUGACUGGAAGCAGCUCUCCAGGGUUUCAGGAAGAUGUCUCUCCACGACCUUCCCAGAGAUGCUUGAGACUGAACCUGGGAUCUGCAACCAAAGCAGCUGCUCCACCACCACCACUGGAUCUCACUACUAGAUCCCAGCUGGGCAAGGACCUUAUCCAUUGUCCAUUGUUUAUGCCCGUUGUGGGGAAACCUCUGGUCUGUGGGCCCAGAAUUUCAGAACUGUAGAGUUGGGACCAUGAGGAACAUCUAGUCCAACCCCACGCAAUGCAGGAAUCUUCUCAAACCCAUGGCCCUGAGAUUAAGUGUCUCAAGCUCUGCCAACUGAGCUAUCCCCAAUGAGUUGUUCCUAAUGGCCCACAAGGCUGUUUAUUGACAAACAAUUUUUAAAAAUUAUUUUUGAUGUCACCUGUUAAUCAGGCCCCUUUUAUUUGCUGUUGACCUCUGACUUUUAGGCUGUCAGUUUCAUUUCAGAUUUUAAGUCUCAAGAGUUUUCAGCAGUGCAACUGUGCCUCCUUCCAUGCUUCUUCUUCCUGGACCUUAUCAAUAUCCUUAAUCUGCUCUCUCCUUCCACCUCCUCCCUUGUUAUCUGUAAAUAACUCCUUUUCUAACAUUGGCAAAUAUUCUUCUCAUUACUCAGUGUGACACACAUUAGUGCCUGAACGCCCAGCCCUAUUCACUGAGCCAGUUUGGAAUACAUGGUCUGGUUUUCUGCAAAGGGCACUCGCCCUUUUCUUCCUGGAAAUAUGGUAGCAGGAGGUGCCAAUCCAUUCAGAUGCUUCCUGUCUAUACAUUUGCCCAUUUCUGGACUGCAUUCUGCAAAUAGCUUAGCACCAAGGCAGCAGUAUUUCACCAAGUUCUAUCUUCCAUACCCCAAGCUGCCGUCCCAGUUCCUUGGCCUGAGGUUAGCCAUACACCAUGAGUGAAGUGAGCAGAGUUCAAUGGUUUGCUGAACAAGUCUCUGUUGGUAUCCAAGCCUCCUUGCUGGACAGGGAAGGCCUGCAAUGUCCGGCCUGCCUCUACUGCCAGCAUCCUUGUUCCAGGCAGGCACAGUAAAAUAAGAAACCUGUCCCCGUAGCACAAAACAGGGAGAAAGCUAUACAAUUAUUUAGCAUUGAGCACCAUGGGGUCCUGUUAGCCAUGCCUUUAGUUUUGAGGAGUCCUUCCAAGCUGAACAAAUCCUCCUGUUCCUGCUGCAUUGUAUUGGCACCAAAUGCUCCUGUGAGCAGUUGGGCUUGAGCACAUCUUUCAUAGAGAUGUGAAGGUCCGUGUGGGGGGGGGGGGAUAGGACUGCAACAGCAAACAGGUUUCCGACCAAUUCUCUAUAUAUGUACACACACCUGUCCACAUCAGGACCUGGAGAGGGCAUUAGAGGGCUUUACCCCUUUACCCACUGCAGCAAACCCAAUCCAGAUCAGGGUCCCUGUUGCUAUUUGCAUUGGAAGGGAAACUUCUAUGGAUUCAAAAUGGUGAAAACAAUUGCAGUUUCCAUUUCUGGCAGCCCCCAUCAUUUUUGCUGGGCCUGACAGGAAGCUGCUAUACCCUGCAGGCAUCCAGACCCAGAGUCUCUUGGCUAGCUCUGCUGAUUAGGCCUUCGACUUGGGGGAUGUGUGUUUUAUGCCAUGUUUUACAUUUUUGCGCCAUGGAAUUCACUAAUACUGCUUUUGCAUUAAACCUACAGAAGCAAUUAGAACAACUAAGCAAUACCCUGGCAAACCUUCCCUUUCAACUCUGCUCUUUCUCAUGCACAGGAAUUAAGCUUCCAUUUUUACACAAGCACUCCACAACUCCUGGAAGGGCUGGUACCUUGUACCACAAGGGUAUGGUUUUGCAUAUGAGGAAAGAGACCCCAAGGGUUUUAGAUUGUUUCCCUAGUGAGCCUGUGACUCAUAAAUUUAAUGCACAUACCCCCCUCAAGCAAUCAUGGGAACUUAGUUUUCCCCUCAGUGCUAUAAUUCCCAGCACCAAACUACAAUUCCCAGAAUUCUUUCGUUGAGGAAAUGUGCUUUAAAUGUAUGGUGUGUACACAGGCCUGCUGAGAACCACAGUUCCAAAUGAAUAAAAAUCGCAAGGUUUCUGUUGUGAAAUUCUCACACUAAUGUCUUUUUCCUUUUGGUGCUCUUAAAACAUGUGCAAGGAAGGUGUCCUCAGAACCUUGUCAACAUUGAAUGCUUAUCUUUGUAAUUUGGUAGCGUUAACUUUAGUAUUUCUCUGGCACAAGUUGGACCUCCCAACUCACCCGUCUCCUCCAUGCCUCGGCCUAGCCCUUGUUGAAACCAAACACACAGUCCAGAACACCCCUGCUGAACAUGUGUGUGGUGAGGUCACAUUCUUAGGGAAUGGGAGUGGGGAGGCGAGGAGAGAAAGAUGGGGGAGAGGUGGAGAAGAAACUGGCCACCAAGCGGAUGUGCUAAUACUAUUAUUGGCAGAAGUGCUGUGGAACCAGGAAAGGAUGAAGUCACUUGCUUGGUGGCCAAGGGAAACAUUCUGAGGGACAGGCCUUCAUGGUCAGCUUCUGAGUCCUACGCCCAGAGUGACACCUGUUAACAAAGUACAGAGCUCACCCAGAAUACCAUGCUAUUUCUGAGGGACAGCCUGGCUUUGCCAUCAUGGGCAGACAGCUUUGCUGACGAGUCUAGUGACACUAUAACACACAGUUAUUUCACGCACAGCGUGCCUUUUCUCAAUAGCUUCUCUGCUGAACAAAACAGGCUUAGAGAAUGCUUAUUUUGAGCCAGAACUCACCUAGGAACAGGAUAUUUUCAUAUCUCUCAUUAGUUGGGAUUCAUUUUUCUCUGCAACCGUAGAUAACCUGAAGGGAAUAACUCUGAGCAGGCUCAGAGUGCAUGCUCCUCUUAAGUCACCACAGCCAGCCUCCAUAAUUUUGGAAACCUGUGAAGUGCUUAGACUUUGUCAAUCGGAGCUAUGUCCCUGAGUGCCACUUUCCGCAAAUUAAGCGUGGUAGCCUUCCCCCCCCCUCCGCCUUCUCCUCUGACAGCCGGUUGCUUGUAUGUUGUGACAGCUUAGGCUGUGGCUUUAUGUUUUUCAUGCUAUCCCCUAACUCUGCUACCAGACUGCACCCUGGACACCAUACAGACAACUUCAAUAGCAUUAUGGCAGGGAUAAGCACUGCUUUGACUUCCCAGCUGUUUGUGCUGCAUCCUCAGCUAGGAAUGCCUUUGUAAUCUUGUUCUGCCUGCCUUCAAAAUAGCUCCCACCUAAGACCUAAAUGUUAAUGAUCCCAUUGGUAGCCAUCAAUUUAAUCAAAGACCAAUGGUUAACAAUAUGUAUACACGCCUCCCAGAGAAGCCAUGGAUCCAAAAUAAAAAAGGAACAAGCAAACAAGUAGACGCUGUAUAUAUUUUGCCCUUUUCUUCCUCUAUUGUGAUAAAUGGUUGAACAAUAAACAUAUCUAUCUGACUGUCUAUCUGUCUUACAUCCAGCUCCGGGUGGAGGAAAGAGCAGUUUUAUAGCACAUAUGUAGAGGC